UAUCAUCAUUCAUUCAUCACCGGCUCUCCAUCUAACUCAAGGUCUUCCCUCUAUUUGAAAUAGCCACGAGCACUGCUUUCCACUAAUCUAGGACUUGACGUUUUGACGUCACCGAGGACAAUUUUUGCAUAUUCAUUGAUUAAUAGAGUUGAUUGACAUGUGAACGUAUUUACAGUAGGCUACAUUUCAUAAUUUCUUUUUUUUGGAGGGGACGGUCAGACAAAGAGGAGACUUCUAACUGAGAUUCCUCUUGCAGCUCUUCUUGAGGAAUCUUCAUAAUGGGAUUACUGUUAUAUAUAUUUAUAUGUGUUUUUUGUUUGACACGCGCCAAUGUGGAGCAGCAGACCGCUGAGAAUACAGACAACCGCGCAACCCUAGAAGAUGAGAUGGACAAUCAAGAAAAUAUACUCACACAGCUGAUUGGGGACUAUGAUAAAGUGAAGACUCUGUCUGAGGGCUCAGACUGUCAGUGUAAGUGUGUAGUCAGGCCCCUGAGCAGGAGUGCAUGUAAGCGUAUUGAAGAAGGCCAAGCCAAAACCGAGGACUUCUACACGGUGGAGACGGUCACUGCAGGACCAAACUGCAAAAAGUGUGCCUGCAUUGCCCCUCCAUCUGCCCUGAACCCAUGCGAGGGAGACUUCAGGUUUAAGAAGCUGCAAGAGGCAGGACGAGAUGAUAUCAAGCUCUCAACCAUAAUGAACCUGCUUGAGGGAUCGUUCUAUGGGAUGGAUUUGUUAAAACUUCACUCGCUCACAACAAAACUUCUGGAACGUGUCGAUCAUAUAGAAAAAUCGUUUUCCGGAAACCUGACAAAGGAGAAAGUGGGCAUGAAAGGUGAAAAGGGGCAGGGGAAAGGGGCCCGCUCCAACCAAAGACAGGAGAAAAAGAAACGUCUCAGUGUGCUGGAGCCUUCACUGCAGAAGAACGCAGCAGCGGCUUUCACUCACACUGAGAGGAAAUACGAGGAGAAGUUUGUUGGGAAUCAGGGCCCCAGCAAGCCUGUGCUGAAGAAAAGCAAAUCUGAGGGUCAGGAGGAGCAACAUAAAGCUUCAAAGACCAAAGCAGAUCCCAAGAACAUGAGCCUCAGGAGCAUGACCUUCUACAAAGCCAACACAAUGGAGGACAGUGAGGGGGAAGAGCGCAUAGGUGCCACAGUUGCACAUGAGGUUGUGAGUGGAGAUGAAUCAGUGGAUUUAAUAAUUGAAGAUCAGCUCCAUAAGCAAGAGCCGACUACACCUGUUACAACGCCUGGAGCUGCUGUGACAGUGACUCAGUCCCCCAUGAUCAACCUCAUUCCACAGAACCUUACUACUGCACGCAUGUCAAAUGUGACAAAGCAAACUGAAGGACAGACUGUUCAAGCCAUGAUGUCAAGCACAAUAACAACAGCAGGGCCAACCGCGCCAACCUCUACGACUUCAACUAGCACAAUGACAUCAAGCACUAACACAACAACCAUCGCCACUCCUCUUGCGGAGCCAAAACAGCUGGCCAGUGUUACAAUACCUAUAAAGAAGUCCAAACUUAGCUGGGAUGAAGUUACGACUCAAACAAGCACAACAACUCCAAAGAAAACCAAAGACCAUGGGAUCUGCAAGGACACAUUAUCAAGCAUUUCUGAUCCUGUUACCCACAACAAAUAUGGCAAAAAUGAAGGCGCUUGGAUGAAAGACCCCAAAGGCAAUGGAAAAGUUGUUUAUGUGACGGACUACUACUAUGGGAACCAGCUUCUAGAAUUCCGUGACAUUGACAUCUUUAAACAAGGGCAGAUCAGCAACUCCUACAAGCUCCCCUAUAACUGGAUUGGCACCGGCCAUGUCGUCUACAGUGGCUCUUUCUUCUAUAAUAGAGCUUUUUCUCGUGAUAUAAUCAGGUUUGAUCUUCGUCUCCGGUAUGUUGCAGCCUGGACCACCCUUCAUGAUGCAAUAUUAGAGGAGGAGGAGGCCCCCUGGUCUUGGGGAGGACAUUCAGACAUUGACUUCAGUGUGGAUGAGAGUGGGUUAUGGUUGGUGUACCCAGCUCUGGAUGACGAGGGGUUCCAUCAGGAGGUGAUCAUUCUGAGCAAACUCCGUGCCUCUGACUUACAGAAAGAGAAGAGCUGGAGGACAGGUCUGAGGAGAAACUACUAUGGAAACUGCUUUGUCAUUUGCGGUGUUUUAUAUGCUGUUGACAGUUUUGAGCGCACGCAUGCCAACAUUUCUUAUGCAUUCGACACACACACACAUACUCAAAUGAUUCCUCGACUCCCUUUUAUAAAUAACUAUACCUACACCACACAGAUUGACUAUAACCCUAAGGAACGAAUGCUUUAUGCUUGGGACAAUGGCCAUCAAGUGACCUAUGAUGUAAUAUUUGCUUAUUAAGUAAAGUUCAUUUAUAGACUAAUUUCGAGAGGAUCACGUGCUUAUGACUGAUCACAGCUGGUCCCGCAUUAGCCAAUUCAUGAUUCGCCAAUCAGACAAUUAGCACAGUUAUUAGCACUGGUGCCUCACAGCAAGAAUGUCACUUUUUCUAGUCUUUACCAAGCCAGUCGACAUUUCUGUGCAAAGUUCACAUGUUCUCCCCGUGUUCACGUGGGUUUCCCCCGGUCCCCUGGUUUCCUCCCACCAUCCAAAAACACAUGACUUAAGUUAAUUGUCUAAUCCAAAUCGGCACCAUAGAUGUGCUUCUAGUAAGUAGUUAUCUCUUCAUAGCAAUCCCUAAGUGUUCAUUGGCUACAAACAGCAGGGAUCUACCUGAGCUCAAACUCCCCUCUCCCCCUGCAAAUGGCAGGGAGCCCCACGCUCGAGGAUCUUAUGAGCUAAGGGCUCUCUCCUGGGACAACAUGCCAAACACGCUUUAUAAUCAAUCGUCAGCUAAGUGUGAAAUCUCGAACUGUAAUUUAAUCUAACACUUUAUUAAAGUACUGCUUGCAGCACUUACUGUUUGUAAAAAAUAGUCAAUGGAUUAUGUGUCUAAGUGGGUUGUAGAUCAGUCUACGUGACAAAUAUUGUUUAUGGAUAUUUUACCAUGCCUUAUUUUUUGUCUGUUGCAUGUUUUUUGUAUUUGCUUUCAUUUUUUGUUAUUUUUUCUCAAAAGGGUAAAAUGAUAAUUUAGGUUUUCAUGACAAGGUUCUCACUGCUUAUGUAAUGUGUACUGUACUGUAUAUAAUGUAAUUUAAAAUGAAUCUAACCUAAAUCUAAAAAUAAAGAAAACUCUUCUA